AUGGCAACCCAAAGCAUCAGCUCCGUCUUCCAGGAGUUUCUGGACAGAGUCAAUCUCAAGAAGUGGGAUGCCGCCAAAAAGUUCCUCCAAGACGCAAUCACAUUCAACGAACACCAUGGAAGCAGCGACGAGUUCAUUGGUUUCCUCAGUGCAGAUAUUGAGCAGCGCAACGUUACCCAACUCAGAAUCGACGCCGUCGCUGUCCACUCGGACGGGAAAUCACUUGGUGCUCGCCAGAUUAUAAGGACUGUCGGGGCCGAUGGGACACAACUCGAGACAUGGGCGCUCGUCCUCGCCUUCUUCAAUGACGACAAGAAGAUCUCGCGCUUCUACAAGAUCGACACCCGCCCGAACCCGCGUUCACCUGUCCUGGCCAAAGUUUCGCCCACCGCGCCUCCCGUCUCGGAGAAACAAUUGUCGGCGGAUGAGUUGAAGAGCGCAUACCACACUUACAUCCAGAGCUACAACGAUGGAGCGAUGGCGGUUGUUGUACCGCAGAUGAUGGCUCCGGAACUGUUGAUGAAUGGGAACCCGCUCCCGCGCGAGGUCGUCGUGGGAUUCUUUGGAAAGUUCCUUCUGCCUGCGACAGCUGGGCUUAAGUAUCAUAUCCAGGACAUGGUGACGGACGUUGAGAAGCAGCAGGUGUUUGUGAGGCUCACGCUUGAGGGGGUCCCAGAGAACAAGAACCUCCAAAAAGGGGACGAUGGAAAGGAGCCAGUCAAGAUCAACGAGAUCGCGACAUAUUCAUUCCAGGACGGCAAAAUUGCUUGGUGUUGGGCCACUCCGGACUUCGACUUGACUCCGUCUGUUUAG